AUGGGAGCAGCAGACUCAAAUGAGCCCAUCCCUUUACUGCAACUUGGCCUUCCGUCGCCGCCCGUCGACGAUGACUUGGUUGACUCCGAACUUCCGGCCAAAGCCGCCCCCAAUCGAACCGGGAAUGCGUGGACGGCAGUGGCCCACAUCAUCACCGGCGUCAUAGGGUCGGGGGUGCUGUCCCUGGCGUGGAGCAUGGCGCAGCUGGGCUGGGUGUGGGGUCCACUCCUCAUGCUGUUAUUUGCCGCUGUUACUCUAGCAUCCACCUUCCUCCUCUGCAGCUGCUACCGAUCUCCGGAUCCGGAUUAUGGUCCUGUUAGGAAUGGAUCUUAUCUGGCUGCAGUUAAGCGGAAUUUAGGGAAGAAGAAUGCAUGGAUAUGCGCCCUGCUUAUACAAAUGAAUCUCUAUGGGACAGGAAUAGCUUACACUAUUACUACCGCUAUCUGCAUGAGAGCAAUCCGGAGAUCAAGCUGUUAUAGAAAGGAUGGAGAAGAUGACCGUUGCGAGUUCGGGAGCACACAGUACAUGCUGAUAUUUGGCGUUGUUCAGAUUUUCAUGUCACAGAUUCCCGAUUUCCAUAGCAUGGAGUGGCUCUCUGUAGUUGCCGCUAUCAUGUCCUUAGCCUAUUCUACAAUUGGAUUGGGCCUUGGAGCUGCAAAAGUCGUGGGAAGUAGAGUGAUUAAGGGUAGUGUAGGUGGAGUUUCAGCUUCGAAUACAAUGCAGAAGUUGUGGAGAGUAUCUCAAGCAGUUGGGGACAUUGCUUUUGCAUAUCCAUACUCCAUGAUUGUUCUAGAAAUACAGGAUACAUUAAGAUCACCUCCAUCCGAGAGGGAGACCAUGAACAAGGCAUCAUUAAUAUCUACCUGUAUCACCACAUUUUUUUAUUUAAGCUGUGGCGGCUUUGGGUAUGCGGCGUUUGGUGAUCAAACACCGGGGGACCUCUUGACUGGAUUUGCGAACUAUGGAUCCCACUGGGUAAUCGACUUUGCGAAUGCCUGCGUCGUUGUACACUUGAUCGGGGGGUAUCAGGUCUAUUCUCAGCCAGUGUUUGCCAUGGUGGAUAAAUGGCUGGCUGACCGGUUCCCGUGCAGCUCCUUCGUCAACAGAAACUAUACUCUCAAAUUCCCGUUAUUACCACCUUUGAGUUUAAAUCUCGAGAGAUUGUGCUUCCGGACGGCUUAUGUUGCAUCAACAACUGGAGUCGCUAUGGUUUUCCCGUAUUUCAAUCAGUCUGCCGCUCCGGCCAUGGAGUUGCUGGCGAAGGCGUCGGCGAUGCCACCCAUUUUGUGCCAGCGAGAUCUCGACGGGGCUUUUUUAGUUCGACAGCAGCUAAGAUGGGACCCAUCUUGGGCUCCUCUCUUUAGCUUGUGGUCGGAAAUUGCAUUGUCGCAGCUGAGGGGGUGGUGA